AUGGGUCGAUGGGAAAUAACGAAAGAGGAUUUGAUCGGAUUGACGCUCGCUGGCACCGCCGCUGCACUCACCUAUUUCUAUCUGAAGAGGAGACAAGCGGCUAAACCAUUUCUCGUCGAUUCAACUCAGAAAUAUCCGGUGCGGCUCGUCUCGCGCGAGAAUCUCGGUCGAAAUGUGAUACGAUUGCGAUUCGAGCUUCCGGAGAAUCACUAUUUGGGAUUGGAAACCGGACAGCACGUUCAAAUUUCGGCACAGAUUGAUGAGAAAAGCGUGACCCGUAACUACACACCGACCAGCCUUCGCCGAAUUUGCGGAUACUUCGAGAUUGUGCUGAAAGUCUAUAAUGCAACCACUGAAGACCCAAAGCGAGGAACGAUGUCACGCUACUUAAAUGAGAUUCCCAUUGGCAGUUUGAUACAAGUUCGUGGUCCGGUUGGACAAAACGUGUAUCACGGACGUGGUAAUUGGACGGUCCGAAAGAAGACGCAAAAGUUGAGUGUUCAGGGAAUCAAAGAAAUCGGUCUCGUCGCUGGAGGAUCUGGAAUUACACCCAUGUUGCAGACGAUUCAUCAUAUCAUCAAUGACCUCGAGGAUUUGACCCACGUUUGUCUCGUUUUUGCCAACUCCACAGACGAGGAUCUUUUCCUACAAGAAUAUUUGGACGAGCUACACAAAUUGUCAAAUUCUCGUUUGAAAAUUUGGUACACCUUGAGCAUAAGCACCGAUCCAAAGUGGAACUAUUCAGUCGGACGUGUUGAUUAUCCGAUGUUGUCAACUCAUUUACCGAAUCCCUCGCCAAACUCGUUGAUCUUGGUGUGCGGACCUAGAGGUUUCGAAACGAAUGCUCUGCAAAUUCUUAAACGAAUAGGACACGAAGAGCAUAAAGUGAUUGCUUUG